AUGCUCCUCCUUGCUGUCCUCUUUGGGAUGCUAUGGGCACUGGCUAAUGGGCGAUGGUGUGAGCAGACGGAGACGAUCCAUGUGGAAGAGGAAGUGACCCCCCGUAGGGAGGAUCUGGUGCCCUGUGCCAGCCUCUACCACUAUACCCGCCUAGGCUGGCGGCUGGACCUGCCCAGGAGUGGCCACGAGGGGCUCUCAGGGCCUCCAGCACCUGGGCUCUGUCGCAUAUACAAACCUCCAGAAACUCGGCCUGCCACAUGGAACCGGACGGUGAGGGUUUGCUGUCCAGGCUGGGGGGGCGCUCAGUGUACGGAUGCCCUCAUGGAAGACAGCCCUGGGGGCCACUGCUUUGCCACGUGGCAGUGCCAGCCUCUGGGAGGCUCAGCUAAUACUUCAACAGAAAACCUGGAAGAGUGCUGUGCCAGACCUUGGGGACACAGCUGGUGGGACAGUGGCUCUCAGCUCUGCCUUAGCUGUUCCAGCCAACACUUUCCAGGCAAUGCUUCCUCUGCAGUCCUCUUGCAGCCCCUACCGGGGGCUGUGGGUCAGCUCUGGAGCCAGCGCCAGCGUCCCUCAGCCACCUGUGCCACCUGGUCAGGCUUCCACUACCGUACUUUUGAUGGGCGCCACUACCACUUCCUGGGCCACUGCACCUAUCUGCUGGCAGGAGCUGCUGAUUCUACCUGGGCUGUCCACCUCAGGCCAAGGGACCACUGUCCACAACCUGGGCACUGUCAGCUGGUCCUGGUGAUAAUGGGCUCAGAGGAGGUGCAGAUCCAGGGUAGAGAUGUUUCUGUGAAGGGGCAGCUCGUACCUGAUGGAGAGCCCCAGAUGCUCCAUGGGCUGAGCCUGCAGUGGCAGGGGGACUGGCUGGUGCUAUCCGGGGGCCUGGGGGUUGUUGUGCGGCUGGACAGGUCCAGUUCGGUGUCCAUCUCGGUGGACCAUGAGCACUCAGGACAGACGCAGGGCCUCUGUGGGCUCUACAAUGGCCGGCCCGAGGAUGACUUUUCAGAGCCAGGUGGGGGCCUGGCUAUGCUUGCUGCCACCUUUGGGAAUUCCUGGAAGCUCCCUAGCUCUGAGCCUGGGUGUCUGGAUGCAGUGGAGGUGGAUCAGGGCUGUGAGGGACCCCUGAAAGGCACCGAGGCAGGUAUGGAUGCUGGCCAGCUGCGAGCUGAAGCCCAGGAUGUAUGCCACCAGCUGUUGGAGAGUCCAUUCUGGCAGUGCCAUGCCCAGGUCUCCCCCGAUGAGUACCACGAGGCCUGCCUCUUUGCCUACUGUGCAGGGGCUGCUCUGGGGCACCAAGAGGGGCGGCAGGAGGCUGUGUGUGCCACCUUUGCCAACUAUGCCCAGGCCUGUGCCAGGCGACGCAUCCACGUGCUCUGGAGGAAGCCUGGCUUCUGUGAGCGUCUAUGCCCCGGGGGUCAGCUCUACUCCGACUGCGUCUCCUCCUGCCCCCCCAGCUGCUCAGCAGUGGGCCAGGAAGAGGAAGGGUCCUGCAGGGAAGAGUGUGUGAGUGGCUGCGAGUGCCCACCUGGCCUCUUCUGGGAUGGUGCCCUCUGUGUGCCUGCCUCCAGAUGCCCCUGCUACCACCGGCGCCAGCGCUAUGCCCCUGGCGACACUGUGCACCAGCUGUGUAACCCGUGUGUGUGCCAGGAUGGCCACUGGCACUGUGCCCAGGCCUUGUGUCCUGCUGAGUGUGCAGUAGGUGGCGAUGGGCAUUACCUCACCUUUGAUGGGCGGAGCUUCUUCUUCCGGGGCCACCCAGGCUGCCACUACAGCCUGGUGCAGGACUACGUGAAAGGGCAGCUGCUGAUCGUGCUGGAGCAUGGGGACUGCGACUCUGGGAGCUGCCUCCAUGCCCUGUCUGUCUCACUGGGGGAUACCCACAUCCAGCUCAGAGACUCAGGAGCUGUGCUGGUGGAUGGGCAGGAUGUGGGAUUGCCCUGGAUUGGCACUGCGGGCCUCAGCAUCUCCAGAGCCGCCUCCACCUUUCUGCUGCUACGCUGGCCAGGAGUCCGUGUCCUCUGGGGAGUGGCUGACCCUGCAGCCUACGUCACCCUGGCCCCCCACCAUGCCCACCAGGUCCAAGGUCUGUGUGGUACCUUCACUUGGAACCAGCAGGAUGACUUCCUGACACCAGCUGGGGAUGUGGAGACCAGCACUGCUGACUUUGCUAGCAGGUUCCAGGUGGCAGGCAAUGGAAAGUGCUCCUCUGGGGACAGUGUCCUGCUCUUCCCCUGCAGCACACACUCCCAGCACCUUGCUUUUGCAGAGGCAGUCUGUGCCAUCCUGCAUGGCCCAGCCUUCCAGGACUGCCACAGGCUGGUGGACAGGGAGCCAUUCCAGCUGCGCUGCUUGGCGGCAGUGUGUGGCUGUGCCCCUGGCAGGGACUGCCUGUGUGCCGUGCUGUCUGCCUACGCGCACCGCUGUGCCCAGGAGGGCGCCCUGCUGUCCUGGAGGAACCAGACUCUCUGCCCUGUCCUGUGUCCUGGUGGCCAAGAGUACCAGGAGUGCGCUCCAGUGUGUGGUCACCAUUGCGGAGAGCCAGAGGAUUGUAAGGAGCUGACCGGCUGUGUGGCUGGUUGUAACUGCCCCCCUGGCCUGCUGUGGGACCCUGAGGGCCAGUGUGUCCCCCCCAGUUUGUGCUCCUGCCAGCUUGGAGCCCAUCGUUACACCCCUGGCAGUGUCACCAUGAAGGACUGCAAUCGCUGCAUCUGCCAGGAGAGGGGCCUCUGGAACUGCACCGCCCACCACUGCGCCCUGCAGCGUGCAUUCUGCCCCGGGGAACUUGUCCAUGCUCCUGGAGCCUGCCUCCUCACCUGUGACAGCCCCAGUGCCAACCACUCCUGCCCCAUGGGCAGCACUGAUGGCUGUGUCUGCCCUCCAGGCACUGUGCUGCUGGAUGAGCGCUGUGUGCCUCCUGAUCUCUGUCCCUGCCGUCAUAGUGGGCAGUGGUACCCACCUAAUGCCACCAUCCAGGACAACUGCAACACUUGUGUGUGCCAGGGCCGACAGUGGCAUUGCACAGGCCAGCUGUGCAGUGGAUGGUGCCAGGCAUCAGGUGCCCCCCACUAUGUGACGUUUGAUGGGCUGACACUCACCUUCCCCGGAGCCUGCGAGUACCUGCUGGUUCGAGAGGCCAGUGGCCGCUUCAGCGUCUCUGCCCAGAACCUGCCCUGCGGGGCCAGCGGCCUCACCUGCACCAAGGCACUGACCGUGCGUCUGGAGAGCACUACUGUGCACAUGCUCAGAGGCCGGGCAGUGACGGUGAACGGGGUGAGUGUAACACCCCCCAAGGCCUACACAGGCCCAGGGAUGAGUCUGCACCGUGCAGGCCUCUUCCUGCUGCUGACCACACGCCUGGGCCUCACCCUGCUCUGGGAUGGAGGCACCCGGGUCCUGAUACAGCUGUCCCCACACUUCCGUGGUCGUGUGGCUGGGCUAUGUGGAGACUUUGAUGGAGACGCCAGUAAUGACCUGCGGAGUCGCCAAGGAGUCCUGGAGCCCACAGCUGAGCUGGCUGCCCACUCCUGGCGCCUCAGUGCGCUCUGCCCUGAGCCAGGAGACCCGCCACACCCCUGCACGGUAAACACACACCGCGCAGCCUGGGCCCGUGCCCGCUGCGGAGUGAUGCUCCAGCAGCUCUUCGUCCCAUGCCACACAGAGGUGCCCCCACAGCAGCACUACGAGUGGUGUGUGUACGACACCUGUGGCUGCGAUUCAGGGGGCGACUGUGAGUGCCUGUGCUCUGCCAUUGCCGCCUACGCAGACGAGUGUGCCCGGCAUGGGCACCAUGUGCGCUGGCGCAGCCAGGAGCUCUGCCCCCUGCAGUGUGAAGGGGGACAAGUAUAUGAGGCCUGUGGCCCCACCUGUCCUCCCGCCUGCCCUACCCACCAUGCUGAGCCUGGAUGGCACUGCCGGGCCAUUGCCUGUGUGGAGGGCUGCUUUUGCCCCAAAGGGACUCUGCUGCAUGGAGGAAUCUGCAUGGAGCCAUCUGCCUGUCCCUGUGAGUGGGGUGGCAGCUUCUUCCCACCAGGGACUGUGCUGCAGAAGGACUGUGGGAACUGCACUUGCCGGGAAAGCCAGUGGCAUUGUGGGGGUGACAGUGCCCCCUGUGAGGAGCUGGUGCCUGACUGUGCCGAAGGAGAGUCUCCCUGCCAGGGAAGUGGGCACUGUAUUCCACAUGAGUGGCUUUGUGACAACCAAGACGACUGUGGCGAUGGCUCAGAUGAGGAGGGUUGCGCCACCCCAGGCUGUGUGGAGGGACAGAUGUCAUGCCGCUCCGGCCACUGUCUGCCCCUGUCCCUGCUCUGUGAUGGGCAGGAUGACUGUGGAGAUGGCACAGAUGAACAGGGCUGCCCAUGUCCCUAUGACUCGCUGGCCUGUGCUGAUGGGCGCUGCCUGCCCCUCACCCUGCUGUGUGAUGGGCAUCCCGACUGUCCAGACGCCGCUGAUGAGGAGUCCUGUUUGGGGCAGGUGAACUGCACCCCUGGGGAAGUGUCCUGUAUGGACGGCACUUGUGUGGGGACCAUCCAGCUGUGUGAUGGAGUUUGGGACUGCCCAGAUGGAACCGACGAGGGGCCUGGAUACUGCCCGCUGCCCUCUCUGCCUGUGCCCCCAGCUGGCACCCUGCCUGGCCCCUCUACUGGCUCCCUGGAAGGUGCCUCAAGUCUGCUGGGCAGUGCCAGCCCUGCACGGAGCUGCGGCCCCUUGGAGUUUCCGUGUGGCAGCGGAGAGUGCACCCCGCGGGGCUGGCGCUGCGACCAGGAGGAGGACUGCGCCGAUGGCAGCGACGAGCUGGGCUGCGGUGAGCCCUGCGCGCUGCACCACGCGCCCUGCGCCCGCGGCCCACACUGCGUGUCCCCCGGGGAACUGUGCGACGGCGUGCCGCAGUGCCCCGACGGCUCUGACGAGGGCCCAGACGCCUGCGAGGGACUGCCACCCCCAGGAAGUCUCAACAGGACAGAAUUUCCCUGCCCAGAAUACUCCUGCCCCAAUGGCGACUGCCUUGGUUUUCACCUGGUGUGUGAUGGGCAGCCCAACUGUGAGUUGGUAGGAGAGGCAGGACUCUCCCCAGAAGAACAGGGCUGUGGGACCUGGGGUCCCUGGAGCCCAUGGGGGCCGUGCAGCCAGACCUGUGGGCUGGGGGUGCAGAGCCAAAGCCGCAGCUGUUCCCCAUCCGGGCUGUUGGUGCUGCAGCACUGCCCAGGCCCCGCCCACCAGUCACAGGCCUGCUUUACCAAGGCCUGCCCAGUGGAUGGUGAGUGGAGCUCCUGGUCUUCCUGGUCUCUGUGCUCUGAGCCUUGUGGGGGCACCAGGACAAGGCAGCGGCAGUGCCACCCACCCCAGAAUGGGGGCCAAGCCUGUGCCCUUCUGCCCGGGGGCCCUCAUAGCACCCGUCAGACUGAGCCCUGCCCUCAGGAUGGCUGUCCCAAUGCCACCUGCUCUGGGGAGCUGGUGUUCCAGCCUUGUGCCCCCUGCCCUCUGACCUGCGAUGACAUCUCUGGCCAGGCUAUCUGCUCAUCCCACAGGCCCUGCAGCAGCCCAGGCUGUUGGUGCCCAGAAGGGCAGGUGCUGGGCAGUGAGGGGCAGUGUGUGUGGCCCCGGCAGUGCCCCUGCCUGGUGGAUGGUGCCCGCUACUGGCCUGGGCAGCAUAUCAAAGCCAACUGCCAGCUCUGUGUCUGCCAAGAUGGGAGGCCCCGGCGCUGCCGGCCCAACCCAGACUGUGCCAUAAACUGUGGCUGGUCCUCCUGGUCCCCCUGGGCCGAGUGCCUGGGCCCCUGUGGGAGCCAGAGCAUCCAGUGGUCCUUCCGGAGCCCCAACAACCCCCGCCUCUCCGGCCGAGGUCGCCAGUGCCGAGGCAUCCACCGCAAGGCUCGCAGGUGCCAGACACAGCCUUGUGAGGGCUGUGAGCAGCAGGGCCACACACACCAGGUCGGGGAGCGCUGGCGUGGGGGCCCCUGCAGGGUAUGCCAAUGUCUGCAUAUGGGCACCGUGCACUGCUCCCCCUAUUGCCCACUGGGCAGCUGUCCCCAGGGUUGGAUCCUGGUGGAGGGAGUAGGAGAAUCGUGUUGCCACUGUGCCCUGCCUGCAGAGAAUCAGACAGUGCCUCCAACAGCCACUCCUGCCCCUGCUCCAGCCCCCAGUCCCCAGAUGGGUCCUCCUCUGGUCACCUAUGUUCUGCCUCCCCCAGGGGAUGCCUGCUACUCUCCCCUGGGCCUGGCUCUGCCCCCGGGGAGUCUGUGGACAUGGUCAAGGCAGCUGGAGCACCCCACCUGGGCUGCCCUCCUGGGGGCUCCCACCAAAGGACCUGGCCCCAGAGCGGGUGCUUAUGCUGAGUGGCACAGCGGGCCACCCUUCCUGCAGCUGGACCUGCUCCAGCCCCGGAACCUCACUGGCAUCUUCGUGUGGGGGCCCACCUCCUCCAGCCCACAUGUCAGCAGCUUCUCGCUUCAGUUCAGCUCUGAUGGUCUACACUGGCAGGACUACCGUGACAUCCUGCCUGGCACCUUGUCCCCACCCAAGUCUUUCCCCAGGAACUGGGAAGAUGUGGCCUCCAAGGUGUGGGCCUUCAGCCGGAUGGUGCAGGCAAGGUACAUCAGGGUGUGGCCACACAGUGUCCCCCACAGCGACAGGCAGCCUGGCUUCUUCCUGUGGGUGGAGCUCCUGGGCUGUGAGCCAGUGUCCCCACCAGUGCCCCCGUGCCCAGGGGCUGGGCACCGCUGUGCCAAUGGUGAAUGUGCUCUGCGGGGGGUGCCAUGUGACGGUGCAGCAGACUGUGAGGAUGGCUCUGAUGAGGAGGGCUGUGGGCCCCUGCCUGUGGACACUGGCAGAGGCCAUUCCACAGCCAGGACUCCAACCUUCUUCUCCACCCAGCCGGGACCACUGCCUCCCCAGCCUAGUGAGGGUCUGGCAGAGACUGACCGCUGGCAUCCCAAGCAGGGUUCGUCCAUGCCCCCCACAGGUAUCCCUGCCCCUGCCUCCAAAGCUCCUCACCCAAGUUCUGGGGAAUCCGUGCAGAUGGGGAGCAACACUCCCACACUCCAUGCUGGGUUUCAGAGCCUGACACCAGGAAUGGCAGCCAUGACAGUGCUCCCCACACACCCCAUGAUUCCGAUGACCCCUCCUGGUCAGAGAGUUGCCCCCAGCCCCUUCCCACCCGUGCGAUGCAGCCCCGGGCAGCUGCCCUGCGAGGUGCUGGGCUGCGUGGAGCCGGAGCAGCUGUGUGAUGGGAAGGAGGACUGCCUGGACGGCGAUGACGAGCGGCACUGCGCAAGUCCUAUGCCCUUCAUGGUGCCCACCACAGUCCUGCCUGGACUGCCAGCCUCCAGGACUCUCUGCUCCCAGAGCCAGCUGAGCUGUGGCAGCGGGGAGUGCCUGCCCACUGAGCGGCGCUGUGACCUGCGGCCCGACUGCCAGGAUGGCUCGGACGAGGAUGGCUGUGUGGACUGUGUGCUGGCACCCUGGUCUGGCUGGAGUGGCUGCAGCCGCAGCUGUGGCCUGGGCCUCACCUUCCAGCGCCGAGAGCUGCUGCGGCCUCCCCUGCCUGGGGGCAGCUGCCCCCUGGACCAGCUCCGCAGCCAGCCCUGCUUUGUGCAGGCCUGCCCAGUGGCUGGGGCAUGGGCAGAGUGGGAGACCUGGGGACCUUGCAGUGUCUCCUGUGGGGGCGGCCAUCAGAGUCGCCAGAGGAGCUGCAUGGACCCACCACCCAAGAAUGGCGGUGCACCCUGUCCUGGGGCCUCCCGGGAAAGGGCACCCUGUGGCUUGCAGCCCUGCACUGGUGGCACAGAUUGCGGGCUGGGCCGUGUGCAUGUGAAUGCUGAGCUGUGCCAGAAGGGGCUGGUGCCCCCAUGCCCACCCUCCUGCCUGGAUCCCGAGACCAACGGAAGCUGCACUGGGCCCUGUGUGGAGGGAUGCCGCUGUCCCCCGGGGCUCCUCCUCCAUGAUGCUCACUGCCUGCCCCUCUCUGAGUGCCCCUGCCUUGUGGGUGAAGAGCUGAAGCCUCCAGGGAUGUCCUUCCUCCUGAACAACUGCAGCCAAUGCAUGUGUGAGAGGGGGACUCUGGUGUGCGAGCCAGGGGCCUGCCCACAGCCCUGUGGCUGGUCAGCCUGGUCCUCCUGGACUCCCUGCGACCGCUCCUGUGGCUCUGGAGUGAGGGCCAGGUUCAGGUCUCCCUCCAACCCUCCUGCGGCUUUUGGAGGUGCCCCCUGUGAAGGGGACAAGCAGGAACUGCAGGUCUGCCACGUGGAUUGUGGGACAGAGGUGCUGGGCUGGACACCCUGGACAUCUUGGUCCUCCUGCUCCCAGAGCUGUCUUGUCCCUGGAGGAGUCCCUGGCUGGCGACAUCGUUCCCGACUCUGCCCCAGCCUUAGGGAUAUCUCCUGCCCAGGAGAGGCCACCCAGGAGGAGCCUUGCAGCCCCCCUGUGUGCCCAGUGCCGAGCAGCUGGGGUGCGUGGGCUUCCUGGUCUACCUGCUCAGCCCCCUGCAAUGGAGGCAUCCAGAUACGUGGACGCAGCUGCUCUGGCUCAGCUCCUGGAAAUCCCGCAUGUCAGGGACCCCACAGCCAGACCAGGGACUGCAACACACAGCCCUGCACAGCCCAGUGUCCAGAGGACAUGGUGUUCCGCUCAGCAGAGCAGUGUCACCAGGAUGGGGGUCCGUGUCCUCAGCUGUGCCUGGCACAGGAUUCUGGGGUGGAGUGCACAGGCUUCUGCACCCCCAGCUGCACCUGCCCACCUGGUCUCUUCCUGCACAACGCUAGCUGCCUGCCCCGCAGCCAGUGCCCCUGCCAGCUGCACGGGAAGCUCUAUGCACCAGGAGCAGUGGCUCGCCUGGACUCCUGCAACAAUUGCACCUGUAUCUCUGGAGAGAUGGCGUGCACCUCAGAGCUCUGUCCAGUGGCUUGUGGCUGGAGUCCUUGGACCCCGUGGAGUCUCUGCAGCCGCAGCUGUGAUGUAGGCAUACGACGGCGCUUCCGGGCAGGCACUGCACCCCCCGCUGCCUUUGGGGGUGCUGAGUGCCAGGGCCCCAACAUGGAGGCUGAAUUCUGCAGCCUGUGGCCAUGUCGAAGUCCUGGUGGGGAAUGGGGUCCCUGGGCUUCCUGCUCCGUGCCCUGUGGUGGCGGCUACAGAAAUCGCACCCGAGGCAGUGGCCCACAAGUCCUCAUGGUGUUCUCUACCUGCAACCUGCAGCCCUGCGCAGGGCCAGUCCCUGGUGUGUGUCCCAGGGGUCAGCUGUGGCUGGAUUGUGCCCAGGGCCCUGCCUCCUGUGCAGAACUCAGUGCUCCGAGAGAGACCAAGCAGACCUGCCACCCUGGCUGCUACUGCCCACACGGGAUGCACCUGCUGAACAAUGUGUGUGUGCCUGCCCAAGAAUGUCCCUGUGCCCACGGGGGGCGCCUCCAUCCCCCGGGUAGUGCUGUGCUUCGUCCAUGUGAGAACUGCUUCUGCAUCUCUGGGCUCAUCACCAACUGUACCUCCUGGCCUUGUGAGGAGGGCCAGCCCGCAUGGUCACCCUGGACCCCAUGGAGUGUGUGCUCAGCCUCCUGCGGGCCUGCCCGACGCCACCGGCACCGCUUCUGUGACAGGCCCUCUAGCGUGGCACCGUCCACCCUGGCCCUGGGGCCCUCACCAGCCACGCCCACACCCCUCUGCCCAGGCCCGGAGGCUGAGGAGGAGCCGUGCCUCCUGCCAGGGUGUGACCGGGCAGGAGGCUGGGGGCCUUGGGGGCCCUGGUCCAGCUGUAGUCGGAGCUGUGGGGGCGGCCUGCGCAGCCGGACCCGAGCCUGUGACCAACCACCACCUCAAGGGCUGGGGGACUUCUGUGAGGGGCCUCAGGCCCAGGGAGAAGCCUGCCAGGCUCAGCCGUGCCCAGUGACUGACUGCACUGCCAUUGAGGGGGCCCAGUACAGCCCUUGCGGCCCUCCCUGCCCCCGCUCCUGUGAUGACCUCGUGCACUGUGUGUGGCACUGCCAGCCUGGCUGCUACUGUCCCCCGGGCCAGGUGCUGAGUGCUGAUGGGACCAUUUGUGUGCAUCCUGGUCACUGUAGCUGCCUGGACUUGCUGACCGGGGAGCGGCACCGUCCAGGCGCUCAGCUGGCGAGGCCCGACGGCUGCAACCACUGCACCUGCCUGGAGGGGAGGCUCAACUGCUCAGAACUGCCCUGUCCAGUGCCUGGAGGCUGGUGCCCGUGGUCAGAGUGGACGGCAUGCUUCCAGCCCUGCAGAGGCCAAACAAGGACCCGCUCUAGGGCCUGUGCCUGCCCUGCUCCUCAGCAUGGGGGUGCCCUGUGCCCUGGAGAGAUGGGAGCCCAGCAUCAGAGGGAGACCUGUCCCAGCUCCACCACGUGCCCAGUGGAAGGAGCCUGGAGCCCAUGGGGACCAUGGUCUCCCUGUGACGCAUGUCUAGGACAAUCCCACAGGAGCAGGGAGUGCAGCCAGCCCCCCAUCUCUGAGGGUGGCAGGCCUUGCCCUGGCGCCCACUGGCAGAGCCGCCCCUGUCACGACAAUUCCACUCAGUGCGCAGAUUGUGGGGGUGGCCAGAGUCUGCUGCCCUGUGGGCAGCCCUGCCCCCGCUCCUGCCAAGACCUGUCCCCUGGGAGUGUGUGCCAGCCAGGCCCAGGAGGCUGCCAGCCCAGCUGUGGGUGUCCCCCAGGCCAGCUCUCCCAGGAUGGGCUCUGUGUGCUUCCAGUCCACUGCCGCUGCCAGUACCAGCCGGGAGCCAUGGGGAUCCCCGAGAAUCAGAGCCGGUCAGCAGGCUCUGGCCUCAGCUCCUGGGAGAGUCUGGAACCUGGAGAGGUGGUAACGGGGCCGUGUGACAACUGCACCUGUGUGGCGGGCAUCCUGCAGUGCUGGGAGGUGCCCAGCUGCCCUGGGGCUGGUGUGUGGGGCCCCUGGGGCCCCUGGGAGGACUGCAGUGUUUCCUGUGGAGGAGGGGAGCAGCUGCGCUCCCGGCACUGUGCCCGACCCCCCUGCCCAGGACUGGCCCGCCAGAGCCGCACCUGCCACACCCAGGUCUGCAGAGAGGCAGGGUGCCCAGCUGGACGUCUGUACCGCGAAUGCCUGCCCAAUGGAGGAUGCCCCUUCUCCUGUGCCCACGUCACAGGGCAGGUGGCCUGCUUCUCUGAUGGCUGUGAGGAGGGAUGCCACUGUCCUGAGGGUACCUUCCAGCACGGCUUGGCCUGUGUCCAGGAGUGCCCCUGCAUGCUGACAGCCUUGCUGCUUCGGGAGCUGGGAGCCAGCAGCACUGAUGCUGGGGUGCACGCAGCCUCUCUGGGAGAGGAGGGUCAGCCCCUCAGGCCCGGAGAUGAGCUGAGUCCAGGCCAAAUGUUUCGAAUGGGCUGCAGCAACUGCUCCUGUGCCCAUGGGAAGCUGUCUUGCUCCAUAGAGGACUGCCCCGAGGCCCCCAGCUUCAGCCCGUGGGACCCGUGGGGCCCCUGCUCCCGCUCCUGUGGCGGACUGGGCACCCGCACACGCAGCCGCCAGUGUGUGCACCCCGCACCUGCUACUGGUGGCCAGGGCUGCCAAGGGCCCCGCCAGGACCUCGAGUACUGCCUCAGCCCGGACUGCCCUGGGGCUGAAGGGUCCACGGCAGAGCCAGUGACGGGCCUUCCAGGUGGCUGGGGCCCCUGGGCUCCGUGGUCCCCCUGCUCCCGCAGCUGCACGGACCCCACUCACCCCGCAUGGCGCAGUCGGACCCGCCUCUGCCUGACCAACUGCACUGUGGGGCGCCCCUCCCAGGAGCGCCCCUGCAACCUGCCCUCGUGCACAGAGUUGCAGCCCCUGUGCUCCGGCCCUGGCUGUGGGCCUGGGAACUGUUCCUGGACCUCCUGGGGCCCAUGGGAACCGUGCUCGCGCAGCUGCGGGGUGGGCCAACAGCGCCGCCUACGAGCAUACCGUCCCCCAGGGCCGGGUGGACACUGGUGCCCGGACAUCCUCACUGCUUACCAGGAGCGUCGCUUCUGCAGCCUGCGUGCUUGCCCGGUGCCUGGGGGCUGGUCGCGCUGGAGCCCCUGGUCCUGGUGUGACCGGAGCUGUGGUGGGGGCCAAUCCCUGAGGAGCCGAAGCUGCUCGAGCCCCCCACCCAAGAAUGGGGGUGCCCCCUGUGUGGGGGAGAAACACCAGGCCCGGCUCUGCAAUCCCAUGCCCUGUGAGGAGGGCUGCCCAGCAGGCAUGGAGCUGGUCAGCUGUGCCAACCGCUGUCCUCGCCGCUGCUCAGACCUGCAGGAGGGAGUCCUGUGUCAGGAUGGCCAGGCCUGCCAGUGGGGCUGCCGCUGUGCUGAGGGGUCCCUAGAGCAGGACAGCAGCUGUGUGCCAGUUGGGCACUGUGAGUGUACAGAUGCCCAGGGCCACAGCUGGGCCCCAGGGAGCCAGCACCAAGAUGCCUGUAACAACUGCUCCUGCCAGGCCGGGCAGCUGUCCUGCACAGCUCAGCCGUGCCCACCUCCUGCCCACUGUGCCUGGAGCCGCUGGUCAGCCUGGAGUCCCUGCAGCCACUCAUGUGGGCCAAGAGGACUGCAGAGUCGCUUUCGAUCGUCCACAUCAGGCUCGUGGGCCCCGGAGUGUCAAGAGGAGAAGUCCCAGAGCCAGCCCUGCCCUCAGCCUCCGUGCCCACCCCUGUGCCUCCAUGAGGGCCGUCCCCGCACCCUGGGGGACAGCUGGCUACAGGGAGAGUGCCAGCAGUGCUCCUGUACUCCGGAGGGCAUAAUCUGUGAAGACACCAAGUGUCCAGGGAGCUGGACGCUGUGGUCCCUGUGGUCCGACUGCCCUGUCUCUUGUGGAGGUGGAAACCAGGUGCGCACCCGGGCAUGCAUGGUGCCGGACCCUCACCACAGGGAGCCGCUCUGCCAGGGCCCUGACACCCAGACCCAGCCCUGUGGCCAGCAGCCAUGCCAGCCGCUGCUGGAGGCCUGCUCCUGGGGUCCAUGGGGCCCCUGUUCGCGCAGCUGUGGCUCAGGCCUGGCCUCCCGCUCCGGGUCCUGCCCCUGCCUGCCGGCGGAGGCAGAGCCCACAUGCAACGGCACUUUCCCACACCUGGACACCCAGGCCUGCUACGCGGGGCCCUGCCUGGAGGAAUGCCUGUGGAGUGGCUGGAGUAGCUGGACGCGCUGCUCAUGCCAGGUGCUGGUGCAGCAGCGCUACCGGCACCAGGGCCCAGCACCUGGCCGCAUGGCAGAGGGCCCCCCCUGCACCCGCCUGGAUGGCCACUUCCGGCCAUGCCCGACUGGCAACUGCUCAGAGGACAGCUGCACACCUCCCUUUGAGUUCCAGGCCUGUGGCUCCCCCUGCACCGGGCUCUGUGCCACACACCUGAGCCGACAGCUCUGCCAGGACCUACCACCUUGCCAGCCUGGCUGCUACUGCCCCAAGGGGCUGCUGGAGCAGGCUGGGGCCUGCAUUCCCCCCGAGCAAUGUAACUGCUGGCACAUCUCAGAAGAGGGAGCUGAGGUGACACUGGCCCCUGGGGACCACCUGCAGCUGGGGUGUAAGGAAUGCGAAUGCUGGCACGGAGAACUGCGCUGCACCAGCUGGGGCUGUGAAGGGCUCCUGCCUCUGAGCAGCUGGUCUGAAUGGUCACCCUGUGGGCCCUGCCUGCCCCGAAGUGUCCUGACCCGUACUUCCAGGACUACCCUGGAGGAGCACUGGCCUCCGAACACAACAGGCCUCUGGCCACCCUCGACAUCCCUGCUGGUUUCGGAGCAGCACCGCCACCGCCUGUGUUUGGACCCUGAGACAGGGAGGCCCUGGGCUGGGGACCCUCAGCUCUGCACUGCACCCCUUAACCAGCAACGCCUCUGCCCUGACCCCGAAGCCUGUCAAGACUCAUGCCAGUGGAACCCUUGGGGACCCUGGAGCCCCUGCCAGGUGCCCUGCAGUGGAGGCUUCCGAAUGCGCUGGAGAGAGGCAGGGGGCCUCCCUGGAGGAGCCUGCCGUGGGCCAUGGGCUCAGACCCAGAGCUGCAAUAUGGGGCCCUGCCCAGGAAAAAGCUGUGAGGCUAAGGACACUGUGCCCACCCUUGAAUGUGCCAAUCAAUGCCCUCGAAGCUGCAUGGACCUCUGGGAGCGUGUGCAAUGUCUGCAGGGACCCUGCAGUCCAGGCUGCCGCUGUCCUCCUGGCCAGCUGGUGCAGGAUGGGCACUGUGUGCCCAUCUCCUCUUGCCGCUGUGGCCUUCCCAGUGCCAAUGCCUCUUGGGAGCUGGCCCCAGCCCAGGUGGUGCAACUGGACUGCCACAACUGCACCUGCAUCAAUGGGUCUUUAGUGUGCCCACACCUUGAGUGUCCAACCUUGGGGCCUUGGUCAGCCUGGAGCAAGUGCUCAGUUGCCUGUGGUGGGGGCACCAUGGACCGUCAUCGGAGCUGCAAGGAACAUCCUCAGGGGGCACUAUGCCAGGCCCAAGACAUGAAACAACAGCAAGACUGUAACCUGCAGCCCUGCCCUGAGUGCCCCUCAGGCCAGGUGUUCAGUGCCUGUGCUGCAUCAUGCCCAAGCCUCUGCUCACACCUGCAGCCUGGCACCAUCUGUACGCAGGAACCCUGCCAACCGGGCUGUGGCUGCCCCAGGGGACAGCUGCUGCACAAUGGCACGUGCGUGCCCCCUGCUGCCUGUCCCUGCACUCAGCUCUUGCUGCCCUGGGGCCUCACCCUGACUCUUGAAGAGCAGGCUCGGGAGCUGCCUCCGGGGGCUGUGCUCACCAGAAACUGCACCCGCUGUACCUGCCAAGAUGGAGCCUUCAGCUGCUCCCUCAUCGACUGUCAGGAGUGCCCCCCUGGGGAAAUGUGGCAGCACGUGGGUCCUGAAGAGCUGGGUCCCUGUGAGUGGACAUGCCAGGAGACAAACACCACAGCAGCUCAGGGCAACUGCAGUGCUGUCCAGACCCCGGGAUGCAUAUGCCAGGAAGGGUACUUCCGUAGCCAGGCGGGCCCCUGCGUCCCCGCAGACCAGUGUGAAUGCUGGCACCACGGGCAUCUCCACCUGCUUGGAUCUGAAUGGCAGGAGGACUGUGAGAGCUGCCGAUGCCUCCGCGGGAGGAGCGUCUGCACCCAGCACUGCCCCCUCCUCAACUGUGCUCAGGACGAGGUGACUGUGCAGGAGCCAGGGAGCUGCUGUCCCACUUGCCGCAGGGAGACCCUUGAGGCACAGUCAGCCUCCUGCCGGCAUCUCACUGAGCUUCGUAACCUCACCAAGGGCCCCUGCCAUCUGGACCAGGUAGAAGUGAGCUACUGCAGUGGGCACUGCCCAUCUAGCACCAACGUCAUGCCUGAGGAGCCCUACCUGCAGAGCCAGUGCGACUGCUGUAGUUACCGCCUGGACCCCGACAGCCCUGUAAGGAUCCUGAACCUGCGCUGUCCAGAUGGCCGCACCGAGCCAGUGGUGCUGCCGGUCAUCAACAGUUGCCAGUGCAGCGCCUGCCAAGGGGCCAGGGACGCGGACAGUUAG